AUGGCAGCAUCCAAACGAGUUCUUGUCCUGGGGGGACACGGAAAGAUAGCAAUGCUGCUGCAACCGAAAUUGCUGGCGAAGAACUGGAAUGUCACGAGUGUGGUGCGCAAUCGCGACCACGAAGCGGAGAUUAAAGCCCUGGGAGAAAAGAGCCCGGGCGAGAUCGAUGUUCUAGUGGAAAGUCUCGAAGACGUGAAGGAUGCGCAGACGGCUCAAAUUGUGCUUGACAAGGUCAAGCCUGACGUCGUCAUCUGGUCUGCAGGCGCGGGCGGGAAGGGCGGCGCCUCGAGAACGAAGGCGGUUGAUGAGGUAGCUGCAAAGGCAUACAUCUCAGCGUCGUUGGCGACACCGAGCAUUUCCAAGUUCCUCCUGGUGUCCUACAUUGCUUCCCGGAAGGGAUAUCCUCCUUGGUGGAGUGAUGAAGACAAGAAAGCAGCAGAUCACGUCAACAACAAUGUACUCCCGGAUUAUUUCAAAGCCAAGGUCGAGGCCGACGAGCAUCUGGAGGCCUUGACUCAGAAACGCCUCGAGAGCGGCGACAAGUCGUUCCAGUCUAUCAAUCUACGCCCUGGCACCCUCAGUGAUGACCCACCUUCGGAGCGGGUUUCGUUGGGAAAGACUUCGUCUAGAGGAAAGGUCAGUCGAGAGACAGUGGCCAACGUGGCAUUGGCUCUCUUGUUGAGGGAUGACACUCGCGGAUGGUUUGAUCUUCUUGAUGGCAGUGCCAGCGAUCCCACGGUAGAUGAAGCCAUUGACGAACUGGUGAAGUCUGGGCACAAUGGCUUGGAAGGCGAGGAUCUCAAACGCAUUCAUGCGAGGAGUACGUGA